UAUCAAAAAGGCACCAUUACUUGAUCACAUACUCAGCAAAUAGAAACUUAAUUAGUUCUUGAAAUUUUAUAGUUCUUGAUCUUGAAAAUGAAGAAGGUUCUUAGCUCAGCCUUACUGGUGGUUGCUGUGGUGGCGGUGGUUCUUUUAAGUGAGGCUAAUCUGUCGAAUGCUGUGACAUGCAGCCCAAUGGAGCUGAGCUCAUGUCUGUCGGCGAUAUCCUCAUCGUCGCCGCCGUCACAGACUUGCUGUGCUAAGUUAAAGCAACAGACGCCGUGUCUUUGCGGGUAUUUAAAGAAUCCAAGCUUGAAGCCAUACGUGUCCUCUCCUGGUGCUAGAAAGGUGGCUAGUAGCUGUGGUGUUCCUCUUCCAAGUUGCUAGAAAAUAGUAGUUCAUUCAUAUCUAAGUGAUUAGAUGAAUAAUAAUUAUAAUUAUAAUUAUAGUUAAGCUAAGCUAAUAUAUUAUAUAUGGUGUGUUAGAAGUAUGUAUUCUUCUCUGCUAGCUGCAGAGUAGAGUUAGUAUGUUAAUCAAUGUGCUGCUGUUUAAGAAAUAAAAAUGAGUGUUAUUUA